GUUGUAGCUCUCCAAUUGGAAGUAGUUGUAGCUCUCCAUCAUUAUAACCAAAACUCCAUUAUAAACAUAGUCGGGGUAAGUGACUCUAACUUCAAUCUUCAUGAUCUUGAUCAAUCUUCAAUGAAUCAUGAUCAAGAACUCGUCAAAUUGUAGUGAGUGAUUGAUGAAUGACAAAUGAAAAAGAUGGCGCCGUUGGGGUCAGCAGCGUCGUCGUUGGUGCUGACAAUGAUGAGGCGAUGUCUCUUUAUUUUCCUCAGUGGUCUAAUGGACUUGCCUCUUGGCGAGCUUAGCCGUGCCUCUUCCAUUGCAGUUCGUGGUGUAGUGCUACGGCCCUCCUCACCAAGCUCAAAGAACCGUGACGAUUACAGCACUCCGGAAAGGGAAAGCAGCGAUCUCGACUGCUCGCCAAGAGCAAAAAGUGCGAGUCUCGCCAAGAGCAAAAAGUGCGACACACCUUUUACUUUUACAGCCGAAGAUUUAGCAAGAAUAGAGCGCAUGCUGAGCCGCGCUGACAUGUUGUUGAGUCGCGCUGACAUGUAUGAUCCACCUCCGUCUUCGUCAUCUAAUGAGACCAGUUCCGCACGACCACCGGUGAUUCAAGGUCAAUGUCAACAUAGCAGUAAGACGAGGAAGAAAACCUGUUCUGAAGAACACGUAGAACCACGGUUUCAAGAACCUAUGGACGAGGUGAUCAGUAAGCUUAGGCGCCUGGAAGUUCAGGCUGCAGCAGCCAGGGAGCAUCUGAAAAACGACGCGAGGCUAGCCUACGCGACGAGCUUGAUACGGUAUCUUAUGAAGACGAGCAUCAGAUGUUGUAAUAGACAUCGAAAUGGCCUGCUUUAGAUGCUGUUCAUUUUUGGUGGAGAAUAAUGGAAUGGGUUUUUAACUUCUAAUGAGUUGAGUGUGUGCACUAGUAUGUAUCCACUUUAAUUAGCGGGCCCGGAGUAUGUAUCCACCCUAUAAAGCUCCAUAACUAUAAUUAAGCCUAAGUGCUAUUGUUAUUGCAGGAAUAAACUUGCGUUGUUCAGAUUUGAAUCUCCUUUGUUUGAGGUGUUGCCUCUCCUUUUCCUUUCCGUUUCCUCAUACAGUAUCUUAUGAAGACGAGCAUCAGAAGUUCGGACACAGUCCACAACACGUCACUUCUGUACCUGUGACGCCGUAACUUCUUCAACCUCCUGAAGUCUGAUUUUUAAACUUAUCAUCGGUAUUCGUAGAGGCUUAUCGGAGUAUAUUAUGGACCACGUAUCAUGUACAGAGAUCAGUUUUUAAGAAGUUGUUGCUUUUCGCUCGCUGUGUUGAUCUUCUUGUUGUUCCUUCUUUCCGCUUUUUCAAGGUGUUGUCUCAGGUACGGUAUCUUAUGAAGACGAGCAUCAGAAGUUGUAACACAGACAGUAUCUGUCCUUAUGAGCAGCGGGUGCCUGUGCGGCUCGUUGUGAAGGAUCCAUAAAACCUAACCUAACCUAACCUAUUUGGUAUGUUGGGAAGAUCUUACUCUUACAAUUUACUUAUGCAUAAAAAUUUGGUACGGUAUCUUAUGAGCAGAGGAACGAGAAGUUCAUGUUGACUGGGUACAUCUUCAACUAGUGAUUUGAAUCAUGGACUAAGUUCAACAAAUCAUCUAAGUCAAACGGAUCUGGAGUGCGUCGAUGGCGCAACGUAGUGUGGUGCGUGAUGGCCAUCGUUGGGACUACGUAUAACAUCAUCGUCACUGGCCCAAAAGUACUGGAUCUUAUGAAAUUCUCGGGGAUAUUAGCAGAGGGGUUUUCGGAAAUGGACCACGUGGACCACGCAUUUUCAGACGAGAUGAUAGUUAAGGCUCAAAAUAAUUUAUUUCCAAGGGUCUUUCUUUGGGUCCGUCUUUGGGUACCUUAGUUUUCAUUUCCUUUUUGGGGAUCUGAAGGAAUUAACUGCAGAAAUGAAUUGUUUUGAGCUCUAAGAUAGGAUCAACAGAGUCGGAGUUGCUGGAUGGGCAUGGAGCUUCAGAGAAGAUGCUUCUAGCAUCAGAAAAGUCCUGCUCUGACUGCUCUGAGUUGCCUUAUUUGGAGAAGAUGUUUACCUUUCCUUCUACUUCUACGUCGAAUCGUCACCUCGGAGGGCAGAACCUAGGUGGGGGAGAUCAAGAACCAACACAAUGCCUCGUCUGGGAUGACGACGAGGCGGGCCAGGAACAAGAGAGGUGCAUCAGUUUGUACAAAUGCCUUCGAGAACAUUGCACAACUGAUUCUGCGAUGGAGGAGGAUCAGGAGAUGGAGGAGAAAGAGGAUGUUGCUUCAUAAUUCGACAUCGACGAUGGCUCCUCUGCCGAGUUUAGUAAUUAAGUACCAGAAGAAGCCAAGCUUUACAACCGCUUGUUACGAGUGUUGAGUGUAGUGAGAGAAGCUUUUGAUGUUCCUACCCGUUCCUGCCCUCUGUACCCAACAAGGUCGAGGACAUCCUGGACAUCUUAUGAUCAAGGACAUCCUGGACAACUUAUCUUACAUUCAUUCGCUCAUUCUCUAAUCAUCUCGAUCCUUCUACUGACAUAAAAUGCGUAGUUGUACGAGCGGCGUAGGGCACGAUCAGUGAGAUUCGUCUGCACCUCUUCUAGCUCGGUGACGAGUAAAGUAGAUUAUACCGAGCUCGGUUGCCGGUAAUUUACAACAUCCCUGCAUCUUCUUCAUCUAUCAACACAAGCAUACACAUGAUACUGAUGAGAGACAUUGACAUUCUUUAUUUCUGCGAAUAUUUUUCAAAUGUGCAGGGGACCUGCGAGUGUGACUCACUUACUUC